AUGAAGACAGUGAUGAUGUCGAUGAUAGAGGCGUCACUGGUGACAGUGUUAAUGUUUGCAACAUCCAUAACUGCCGAAGUGGAAGAAGUGUCGUGCACAGCGGAUGCAAUCAACGUAGUUAUGAACAAGUCAGAUCCGGAUGUGCAGCGAUGGAUGUCCGAUCCGAAAGCACAACCCGUGGUGUACUGGAAGAAGUGUCGUGCACAGCGGAUGCAAUCAACGUAG